CAGGGAGUAACUAUUCCCAGUCAGAGGCGCUAUGUGUAUUAUUAUAGCUACCUGUUAAAGAAUCAUCUGGAUUAUAGACCAGUGGCACUGUUGUUUCACAAGAUGAUGUUUGAAACUAUUCCAAUGUUCAGUGGCGGAACUUGCAAUCCUCAGUUUGUGGUCUGCCAGCUAAAGGUGAAGAUCUAUUCCUCCAAUUCAGGACCCACACGACGGGAAGACAAGUUCAUGUACUUUGAGUUCCCUCAGCCUUUGCCUGUGUGUGGUGACAUCAAAGUAGAGUUCUUCCACAAACAGAACAAGAUGCUAAAAAAGGACAAAAUGUUUCACUUUUGGGUAAACACAUUCUUCAUACCAGGACCAGAGGAAACCUCAGAAAAAGUAGAAAAUGGAAGUCUAUGUGAUCAAGAAAUUGAUAGUAUUUGCAGUAUAGAGCGUGCAGAUAAUGACAAGGAAUAUCUAGUACUCACUUUAACAAAAAAUGAUCUCGACAAAGCAAAUAAAGACAAGGCCAACCGAUACUUUUCUCCAAAUUUUAAGGUGAAGCUGUACUUCACGAAGACGGUAGAGGAGCCAUCAAAUCCCGAGGCUAGCAGUUCAGCCUCUGUGACGCCGGACGCUAGCGACAACGAACCUGAUCAUUACAGGUACUCGGACACCACUGACUCUGAUCCAGAGAAUGAGCCUUUUGAUGAAGAUCAGCAUACACAAAUUACAAAAGUCUGAAUUUUUUUUUUAAUCAAGAGGGAUAAAACACCAUGACAACAAACUUGAAUAAACUGAAAUUGGACCUUUUUUUUUUUAAUGGCAAUAGGACAUUGUGUCAGAUUACCAGUUAUAGGAACAAUUCUCUUUUCCUGACCAAUCUUGUUUUACCCUAUACAUCCACAGGGUUGUGACACUUGUUGUCCAGUUGAAAAAAGGUUGUGUAGCUGUGUCAUGUAUAUACCUUUUUGUGUCAAAAGGACAUUUAAAAUUCAAUUAGGAUAAAUAAAGAUGGCACUUUCCCAUUUUAUUCCAGUUUUAUAAAAAGUGGAGACAGACUGAUGUGUAUACGUAGGAAUUUCUCAUUUUGUGUUCUGUCACCAACUGAAGUGGCUAAAGAGUUUUGUGAUGCACAGGUUCACAUCCUACCCCUUUGCACUUGUGGCAACAGAUAAGUUUGCAGUUGGCUAAGAGGAGUUUCUCAAGGGUUUUGCUACAUUCUAAUGCAUGUAUUCGGGUUAGGGGAAUGGGGGGAGUGCUCAGAAAGGGAUAUCUGUCAUGCUGGACUCUGGACCAUAUACCAUCUCCAGCUACUUCACGCACCUUUCUUUAGCAUGCUACCGUUGUUAAUCUGGACAUUUGAGGAAUUGGCCGCUGUCACUGCUUGUUGUUUUGUGCAUUUUAUUUUUUUUUUUAAAGCAUAUUGGUGCUAGAAAAGGCAGCUAGAGGGAGUGAAUCUGUAUUGGGGUGCAGGAAUGAACCUUCCACAACUUCUUAAGAAUCCACAAAUGAAGGGAUAUAAAAAUAAUGUGGUCAUAGAUAAGAAACACAGCAACAAUGACUUAACCAUAUAAAUGUGGAGGCUAUCAACAAAGAAUGGGCUUGAAACAUUAUGAAAAUCGACAAUGAUCUAUCAAAUACAUUUUCUCAGUUGUAACGAGUGCUCCAUCUCCCGUGUAAUCAAGGCCAGUGCGAAAAGUCAGAUGCUGUUCGUACCGACAUCAGUCAACCACGUACACUUACUUUAUUAGUUUUCAAUCAUACACCUGCUGUGGAUGCUUCAUGUGCUGCCUGCAAGCUUUUUUUCCUCAUUGAGUAUAAAACAUUUUGUAAUGCUGCACAGGAAAUUUCAAUUUGAGAUUCUACAGUAAGCGGUUUUUUUCCUUCAAAGAUUUAUGAUGCACUUAUUCAAUCCAAUAGCUGUCAGCCGUUCCGCCCUUUUGACCUUACACAUUCUGUUACAAUGAGUUUUGCAGUUUUGCACAUUUUUUAAAUGUCAUUAACUGUUAGGGAAUUUUACUUGAAUACUAAAUACAUAUAAUGUUUAUAUUUAAAAGGACAUUAUUUGUGUUAAAAAGGAAAUUAGAGUUGCAGUAAAUUUUCAACACUGCACAAAUAAUGAGGCAUUUACUUUUUCAGUAGAAAUUGUCCCACAUAACGCUUUUAUCGAUUUUUAUUGAAAGAAUAGAUUUUUUUUUUUAACGUGCAGUGUUGAAUCAUUUCUUCAUAGUGCUAGACUUAGGACUAGGGCUUCAAUUUCACUUCUUAAAUAUCGUAUAUUUGAUAUGCCCAGACUGCAUAUGAUUCUAAGCAGAAUACAACUACUAUUGUAAAGCUAAUGUGAAGAUACUAUUUAAAAAGAAGUUUUUUCCCCCAGAAAUUUGGUGUCUUUCAAAUUAUACAUUGACCUUGAAACAUUUGAAUAUCCAGCCAAUUUACUCCUUAAUGGUAUAAAAUCUCAUUUUCAAUAACUUAUUGGUGCUGAAAUUGUUCACUAGCUGUGGUCUGACUAGUUAAUUUACAAAUACAGAUUGCAUAGGACCUACUAGAGCAGCAUUUAUAGAGUUUGAUGGUUAAAUAGAUUAGGCAGAACUUCAUCUAAAAAAUUCUUAGUAAAUAAUGUUCACAUGUUUUCCAUACCUCAUCAGUUUCAUUCAACAAAUAAAGUUUUUAAAUUUUUAACAAAGCUCUUAGGAUUUACACAUUUGUAUUUAAACAUUGAUAUGUAGAGAAUUGAUUGACUGCUCAUAAGUUAAAUUGGUAAAGUUAGAGACAACUAUUCCUAAGAUCUCAGCAUUGAAAUUUAUAUGCCACCUUAUCUUUCAUAAAAGCUGAAAAUUAUUGACUAAAAUGAAAAUCAACUAUUCAUGUUUUGAUGAUAGUUAUUAAUACUGUUAAUUUGUUACAGUUUUGGGCACGGUAUAUUAAAACAUAAUUUGUGUUGUUCCAAUAUGUAACAUGGAGGGCCAGGUCAUAAAUAAUGACAUUAUAAUGGGCUUUUGCACUGUUAUUAUUUUUCCUUUGGAAUGUGAAGGUCUGAAUGAGGGUUUUGAUUUUGAAUGUUUCAAUGUUUUUGAGAAGCCUUGCUUACAUUUUAUGGUGUAGUCAUUGGAAAUGGAAAAAUGGCAUUAUAUAUAUAUAUUAUAUAUAUAUAAAUAUAUAUUAUACAUACUACUCUCCUUUAUUUCAGUUACCAUCCCCAUAGAAUUUGACAAGAAUUGCUAUGACUGAAAGGUUUUUGAGUCCUAAUUAAAACUUUAUUUAUGACAGUAUUCAUAAUUAGCCUGAAAUGCAUUCUGUAGGUAAUCUCUUUGAGUUUCUGGAAUGUUUUCUUACUUAGACUUUUUGGAUGUGCAGCCGCUUACAUGUCUGAAGUUACUUGAAGGCAUCACUUUUAAGAAAGCUUACAGUUGGGCCCUGUGCCAUCCCAAGUCCUCUGUAGCUCCUUGCGAACAUUUUUUUUUUUUUUUUGCCAUAAUUAUUACAGGGCAGUUGAAUACAUAGCAUCCCCGUUCUUUGCUGUGGCACAGGUUAUAAACUUAAGUGGAGUUUACCGGCAGCAUCAAAUGUUUCAGCUUUAAAAAAAUAAAAAGUAGGGUACAAGUUACAUGUUUAGUUCUAGAAAAUGUGUGCAAUAUGUUCAUAACGAUGGCUGUGGUCGCCACAAAGUGCCUCGUGUACCUUUACAUACUGUUGACGUGUCAUGCAUGCAGACGGAGGGGGUGGGACUGUGCUCGGGAGUGGGGGCUCUCGCCACCGCGUCUGGCAGAGCUGCCUUCCACCCUGCCGGUUCGCAAGUUCAAUCUGUUUCCAUAGAGAAUCUAUAUACUCAACAUUUCAGUCUGUUAAACAGCCUUACUCUGAUUCAGCCUCUUCAGAUGCUCUUGUGCUGUGCAGCAGUGGCUCUGUGUGUAAAUGCUAUGCACUGAGGAUGCACAAAACAUGAUGUGUGCGGGAUAAUGCCUCAUACCAAUCAGAUGUCCGUUUGUUAUUGUGUUUGUUAACAGCCCUUUAUCUCUUAGUGUUAUAAACUCCACUUAAAACUGAUUAAAGUCUCAUUCUUGUCA